CGACAACGACGCCGCGGCCGCCGCAGAAGCACGACAGUGAAGCACAAAGUUUCGGGCCGCGUACAAGGCGUGCACGCUGCCGUCAUUCGCCGCCGCCGCCGUCGUAUACACUCACCGUCGUCACCGGCUACUUCCUCCGUCGUUUUUUUUUUUUUCGUUACGUCCGCCGACGCCGUUUCCGGUGAUUCCACAACCCGUCACACACACACGCGCGCGGUCCGACCGUGUACUCACCGCGUCGCGUCAUCUCUUAGAUCCCGCAACAGGUAUCCGUCGCGCGCCAAACACCCAUCGUCGUCACCGUCGUCGUAUCGCGUACCUUACCGCGCCCGCACAUGGUAAACCGUCGUCCACCACCCGCCGGGUCACGUGUACGCGCGCUGACGAUGACGUGCUAAUGACUGGAUGUCACGCGAAUCGUUCAGCACGCCGCCGUCGCGUUCAAACCCGACCGACUAAAUGGAAGUGUACGUCUUGUUACAGGUAAACAAUGAGUGACAUAUUGAUGAAAUAGUAGAGAAAUAUUAAAGAAUACGUUGUUAAUAUACAUUUUGUUAUUUAAAUGAUAAGUAUCAUCAAAUAACGUAUUAAUAUGAUGAUAAAUGUGAGGGAAAGAAUACAUAUAGUAUACUUUAUCUGGGAUACCAAUUCAAUAUCAAAUUCGACGAACAACGGGACGCCGGAAAAUGAAGAAGAGUACGAGGACAACGGAGAGGUGGCUUUGACAGCACUGCCACUAUUCUGCAUAGGAUCGUUUCUGAUCGUCGUUAUAUUCUUGUCGAUUGCUGGCAACGUGUUGGUGUGCAUGGCCAUCUACACCGACAGGGGCCUGCGAAGAAUUGGAAACCUGUUCUUGGCCUCGCUGGCGAUCGCUGACCUUUUUGUGGGGGCAUUGGUCAUGACGUUUGCUCUAGUAAACGACCUGCAGGGCUACUGGAUGUUUGGUGCAAAAUUUUGUGACAUAUGGACUGCCAUAGACGUGAUGUGCUCCACCGCAUCCAUACUCAACCUGUGUGCCAUAUCACUCGACAGAUACAUUCACAUCAAAGACCCACUAAGGUACACGACGUAUCUGAACCGGAGGAACGCUCUACUCGGCAUCGCCGGCGUGUGGGCGCUGGCCGCGUUCGUGUCGGUGGUGCCCAUCUGCAUACUGAGCAUCCACCGGCCGCCGAAACCGGUGGUGUUCCACGCGGGCGACACCGAGUACAUGAGGUGCGCGCUGGACCUGACGCCCGAGUACGCCAUCAUAUCGUCGUGCAUCAGUUUCUACAUACCGUGCGUGGUGAUGAUCGGCAUCUACUGCCGGCUGUACCGGUACGCGCAGAAGCACGUGCAGAGCAUCCGGGCGGUCACCCGGCCGCUGACCACCACCACCACGGCCACGGCCGCCGCGUCGUCGGCCACGCUGACGGCCGUGCACCAUCACACGUCGCCGUACCACGUGAGCGACCACAAGGCGGCGAUCACGGUGGGCGUGAUCAUGGGCACGUUCCUGCUGUGCUGGGUGCCGUUCUUCUGCGUCAACAUCAUCGCGGCGUUCUGCAAGACGUGCAUACCCGAAGCCGCGUUCAAGGUGCUCACGUGGCUCGGCUACUCCAACUCGGCGUUCAACCCAAUCAUCUAUUCGAUAUUCAACACCGAGUUCCGGGACGCGUUCCGCCGCAUACUCACCACUCACUAUCCGGCCUGGUGCUUCUGCAAGGGUUACCGGACGGUGGUGCUCAGCUCGGACGCGUCGUUCCGAAACCAACACCACCAGCGGCGGCGGAAGAACACCGGCGGCGGCUGCGGCGGCGAUUUCGUGUCCACCGCCUCGGCCACGGCCGUCGUGGCCGCGUCCACCGUGGUCAAGCACAACGGCAAGGCCGCCGCCGCCGCCGCCGCGCAACAGCUGCAGUCGUCGUGCGGCGUCGGCGGCAACGGCGGUUCGUGCGUCCCGUCGGUCGUCGCCAGCCCGAGAUCGUCGGUGGCGUCGCUCCGCCAGUCGCGACUCAACUCGUCCGAAAAGGUCAUCAUCGAAGCCGACGAGCAGAUCUGACCGACUCGCCGCGACGAAAUGCCUCGUUUCACCGUCGAAUAUCUCGUCUGAACCGCACGACGGUCGUGUACAUAUAGUGUAUAUUGAAACGCAUCCGAACACAUCCAUUCUGCGACGACGUAAAAAUAUGUAAUAUGUUUAUAUAAUAAUAUUAUUCGUCCGUAUAUAAAUCUCUUUAUAGCGCUAAAAUAGUACGUUACCGUCGUUUGAACAUCUCUCUGGAGGUAAGUUUUCUCAGCGACGUCCAAACUGCGAGUCGUCCACGUCCGGACCGGUAGUCGACGUUAGACGUCGCCGCCGCGUCCGGACGCCGAAGGAAAAACGCACCUAUAGAAACCGAAACGGACGUGUUGCGGACGUAAUUAUUAUGCGUAAAAGUGUUUUUUCCGCGUAGUCGAAGGUUUUCAUCGUUUUGAAUUGUCAAUUUUUUUUUACCCGUCAUAACCGAUAUAAUAUAAAUAUGUAUAUUAUUAUAAUCUGACGUUUUCGUUUAUCUUUCUAGAACCGUACCGAAACGAAAAAAAAACACAAAAUUCACUUUCCACACGCAUUUCCUCCUGGCCGCGAUCAAACGCAUCGUAAUAAAACGUCCUUCGCGUUUUAUACUUAUAUUACAAUAACUAUAAUAACAUAACCAAUGAUAAUUUGUUGCCCCUCCACGAACUAAAUCGCUACAAAAAUCACCCCUGCACGCGAUAAACGAUUUAAUAAAAUCUGUUAUUAUAUAUUAUAUUUGAUUUUUAUGGUUUUUAUCGUUCGAGAAAAAUACGAAAUUCCCAGCGUAAAUUAAUCGCAUGGUUAUGAUAUUUACAACCUUUCGUGUGAAUCUUAAAACCAAAAGUUUAAAUCCAAAAGACAUUAAUAUAAUUAUUAUAAUACUAGAGACCGGAUGUUGAUAAUUUUCCAUUUGCUUUUUUGUUUUUAAAUUUUAGACGGCGGUUUCAUAGCUAAAAUUGUUUGUAUAACAUAUUUUAAGAUACAAUUCUAAAUGCAAAAUUUCGUAAUUUUUAUCAUUCGAGAUCUAAUUCUUUAACUAUCUAUACAAGUUGUUUUCAAAUAUUUUAACUGAGAAAAAAGUCACUAUAGUAAAUGAAACGUUGUAUAAAUUUAAUACCUCGCAGAACUAAAUAAAAAUAAAAAGUUCGACUUAAUACUUAACUCAAUAAGUACCUAAAGAUACGUAGGUGUACAACAAACUCUUAUCUUCUCAUAUACAUAUUUUACUUACUGUUAUUUAAACAUUUCAUAUUGCCACCAGUAUUGAAUUUCCAAAAUCUACUCGUGACAAUUAUUAUAGAAAAAAAAUCUGUUUUCAAAAUUAAAGAAAAAUAAGUAUUAAGUAUUUUAAUGUUUUAAUAUAAUAAUUAUUUUCUUUGAAUAAUAUGAAUGUGUUUAUUGUAAUUAUUAAUUUAAAAAUAAAUAAGCAAUUAAAGUAAUUUUAAAAACGUUAAGUGUAUUUUGUUAAUUGAGUAAUUUUUUUAAUUAAUUUUUGAAGUGGUUUUAGGGCAUCGACAUCCGAGUCUUAAUUGUCACUAUUAUCAUAAUAAUAAUAAUAUAAUCGAGAAUGCCACUUGUUGAAUUUAACCACUAGUCUAGUACAUAUCUCAACGUAGCAUUAUUAAUUAUUAUUUGUACAAUAUAUACACACGUCGGAUAUUACGUUUACAACCAAUCGAUCGGUACGGUUCCUGCACAAGAAAUAACAUUUUAUCCAAUAAUAGCUAUAAUAAUUAUUGUUACAAUGGCUACUGUCAUUUUUUCCACGGUCAGCUGGUCAUUCACAUUUUGCAAUACCUACUAAUAUAUUAACAAAUAAUAAUAUUAUGUUUACAUAUACGUUUAAAUUUCACUUAACGAAUUUAUAAUACCUAAUUAUCUAUACAGUUUAAAAUAUGCUAUACGUCAAUAAAUAAUUUCACAGUAUACUAACACAUUUCGGUCAUGACGAUUGUAUUCCGACGUUCUAAAAUCCAUAUCCAUGGGGUAGGUAUAUGCCUUAAUGACCCGCACGUUUAAGAUAUGAAUAAUAAUCUGUAUUCUUUUUUUUACUAUUAUUUAAUAAUGUAUUAUAAGUAUAUACUAUGUGCCAAAUGUUUUCCCAUAUUUUACGUUGUUAACAUUUUGUAUCCUAUAACUGUAUUUCAGCAAUAAGUAGUUCCUAUUAUAUAGUCUAUAUUAUAAUUAUAACAGUAUUGCCUUUAUAGUACUUAAUAUAACAUCGACGUGUCUCUCUCUCUUCUCCCAUAAGCCCAUUCAUCAAGCGUUUGUAUCAAAAAAUAAAUUAAAUAUUUUAAUAGUACAAGCGAUCGGUCUUUUCGUGGCAUAAUAAACUGCUCAAUAAAUUACGUCGUCCAAAAUUCCAACAAUAAUAUAAAAUAAAAAAGAGAUCCAAAAAUUAAAAAUGUUAAAAAACAAAAUCUGUGAUCUCUUAACGUUUUUGUUUCAAAAAUAUAUAAAUAAUUUUGUCUAUAGACAUAUAUAAAUAUAAACUAUAAUACAUAAAUAUAUAUAAUAUACGGAAUGAAAAAUGUUGGUAAUAAAAAAACGGCUUACGGUUGACGAUUUGGCUUACGUACGCGUAUGAUAUAAAACUGCGCACUAAAUUAUAUAAUUUUAGUAUAGAAACAAUAAAAUGGUCCGAAAAUAAAGUGAAGUAGCGAACAUCUGAAAUCAAAAUAUAAAACAUCACAUACCUUUUAACGAACUAUAUUAUAUUAUUAUUAUACUAUAUAGGACCUACAUGAAUGUGACGAACAAAUACGUUUACGCAACUUAGUAGAUAUACUCCGAAACGAUGACGAGGUCCCGGAGUUAUACUUAAAAUAAUAAUGCCUGUAAGUACCUAGUAUUAAACAUUGUUAUAUGUACGAAUAGGUGUGUAAAAUAUAAAAUUAAAUUAGACAAGCGAAGUGCGUAUAAUAUAAUAACGUUAUUAUAACGUUGGUUAACUCUCUAUCCGUCUUAACUAGUUACAUAUAUGUGCAUAUUAUAUAAAUUCAUACAUACAUACGCGUAUAAUUGCUUUCGAACAAAAUGUAUUUUUAUAAUCAAUUAUAAUAUAUUAUGUAUAUACGCAUGAUGUAUAUCGCAGAAAGAAUCUUCAGAUGUCAUCCAGCCCGUCAGGUGAAAUUAACCAAAGAUGAAUUAUUAUUGUCGGUACGACAGUAAUAUUGUAUCUAUAUAACAUUUAUAGUAACACCUACAGUUAUCCUACACCUUGGUUGGAAAUAAUAAUGAUAUAUAUUUUGGUUUUAUUCGUUAUAAUAUUCUAAGGGAGCAAACGCGUUUCAAAUAUCAUUUUUUUUUUUUUCAUCAAACUUCUUGUUAUAUUCUAAACACGGUUUGUAAAAAAGUGGGUAUGGAAUGUUAGGUAUAAUAUAUUGGAUAUCAAACACCCGCAUUUUAAAAGUUUUGAUGGCCGAUUUUAAUCAAAAGAUAUUGAGAAAAAUAACGAAUUUUAAAAGUAACUCACAAAUUUUCUCACUUCGAUACCACUGUUGAUUUUUGAAUAAUAUUACAAUAUCAUAAAAAAAAAAUUAUAAAAAUCACUUCACGUGAGGAAUAACCGAAAUAUCUAAAAUAUUAUGUUUAUAAGUUAUUAGAAACCAAAUUUUCACCAAUAAAGGAAUAUAACUUUUACUGUACAAAUCGUUUCAGUCUUUAGAUGUAUGUUGUACAGAAUAUAAAAUGGUCUUCUUUUAAUUAUGAAAAUAUGAUUUCUUUUAUAUUAUUAAAAUUUAGAACCCACGUGAAACAUUUAUUUAACAAAUUAAGGACCUACCUAUAGGGUUCUCUUAAUAGGCUCACUUGUACCGACUUACCUAUUAAAAUAUAUAACUAUACGCAUAAGUAUUAGUUUAACCAUGAUUUAUUGUCAGAUCGUUUAUAAAACAAUAUUACAUUUUUGCUUUAUUUAUAGAUCCUAUCCAAUGUGAUAUUUAGUUACCUAUAAAAUAUACCAACUAUUAUUAUAUGAUAUUGAUUCUUUAACCAGUUAUACCUAUUAAUUAUUAAAUUAUUAUUUAAUUAUAUUCAUAAGAUAUUAUUUAAUGUAUAUCUAUUUUUUAUCAUUAGUACUGAUAUUGUUGUUUUUGUUACUGUUUUAAAUGUUCUCAUAAAAAUGUUCUUAUUUGUACUAUUAUGUAUUUAUAUGAUUUAAUAUUUUAAUGUUGUAAUAUUAAUCUACUAAUACGAUUGGGUUAUGUUAUUAAAAUAAAUCUCGUACAAAGCAAUUAAAUCUACAAUUCUUUUUUUGUUAUUUGUUAAUUGUUUUUUUAUUUUUUUUUUUUACUGUGGAAGAUUGAGUGACGAGGGAAACAUUAUUUUUAUUUUUAUUUGCAUUUUUUACAAAAGGAAUAUUUAAAUGUGAAACUUAAACGAGUUAAUAUAUUAAAAAUUAAUUAAGCACAACCUACACAAAAAA